CACUCUCAAAUUUACCAGCAAACUCAAUAUGAGCAACAAGUGCAGCAACAACCUCAACAAUCUCAGCAAUUCACAGCACCUCGUUCCAGACCUGAGUUUGGUAGUAUGGAUGAAGUUGUAGCACGUCAACAAGCGCACAUAAGUAAAUCUCAAGCUCAAGAGAACAACUCACGUUCUAUUGUAUCCAAACGUAAACGCGAGCAAGUCAUUCAACAAGAGGAACCUCUGUAUCAAGAGCCUUUAUAUCCGCAAAGGCAGCAAUACGUUAGAGAACCAGUUUACGAUUACGAAGAAGACGAGGAAGAUUAUCGUCCCACAAGACAAAGACAGCCUGUUGUUGAAGAAAGACCUCCAGCGAAGGUUAAAAGUUCUAGCGAUCGUGAAAAAGAAGCACUUUUUGUUUAUAAAGAUUUAGAUGUUUAUGAUGCUCAAGGAUCUCUCAAGGUUACUUCGGACAGUGUAUACGAGGCGCUAUCGAAAAGCCCGCGCUUCUCAAUUGGCAGUCAUGUUUACCAACCGGAUAGCCUGGUAGACUUCUACCCUCAUCAAGUUGGAGGUGUAUUCGAAAUGUACGUACCUGGUGCUUGGUUAGGUGAUAACUGGGCCGUACGUGAGCUUCUACCACAAAAGAAUGGCGACUCUGUCGAGUUGACGCCUAAAGUACGACACGUUAAAGGUAAAACUUCUCGUUUAGCGUUAACAGAUUUGGAUGCACUGGACGAACGACGUAUUUGGGGGACUGACGUAUACACGGAUGACUCAGAUCCUGUUGCAAUAGCGGUGCAUCUUGGUUGGUUAUUUGACGCAAGUGACAAGUCUUACGAUAGAAGAUUACUUGUAGGAGCUGGUAGACCAGCCGAAGGAGAGAAAGUAGAUGAUGUAAUUGAAGAUGCUGAUCUAGUUCUAGUUUUUAGAGUGGCGCCUAGAUUGGUUGCUUAUCAUUCGUCUAUGCGACACAGAUUAUGGUCCCGGGGUUGGGGAAAUCAACACGAUGGCUUCAGUUUGGUGCUAGAGGAAUGUAGACUUGUGCCUAAAGAGAAAGACAACGUGGUGAGACCAUCGAAGCAGCUGCGCAAAGCUCGUAUUGCAUUGAUUGCUGAAGCGAGAAAGACAAUAAUGGAUUCUCCAAGUCUGAAGGUCAAAGAAGGUGAUAUUGAUUACAACGCCGCCGAUGAGAAUGACGUUUGGAAACUACUUUCUGAAGACCAUAAGACUAAUGAGAAAGUCAAAUUCAAUAAGGGUGGUAUCAAAAUGAUCAAGAGAGGCGAUCGCAGAUUUAAGCGGGUUGAAAAGGAUGAAAGCGAGAAGGAAUUAGAAGCUUUGUUGGCCAUUCAACAAGGAAGAGAGCUGUUGGAAGCUCAAGCUAGGGCUGAGGAAGAAGAGAAGAGUAAGGCUGAGGAGACAGAGAGAAAGGCACGAGAGGAGGAAAAAAGAGUGGCCGAAGAAGCUCAAGCAGCGCAAGAGAAAGAGAAGAAUGAAUUACUUCAAGCAGGAGAGCCUCAACCGAUGGAAGAACCCCCAGCUGAAUCAGAACAGCCGACAAGACAAGAACAAGAGCAGCAAACGCAGGAUGUGCGGGCUUCACUUCAGAAUGAUGAGCUGCCUCAAUUAGAACAUCAAUUGGAGCAUGAUGAAACAAAUCAGAAUGAAGUAUCUCAGCAAGAACAAUCAGUCCAACAAGAAAUGUCAGUGGAACACGUCGAACCACGUCUCCAAGAUCAGCCAACCAAGGAGGAGGAGCGUAUUCAGCACGAGCAUCAAGUCCAGCAGGAAGAAGAGUCACUUCAGGAGAAACCACUCGUGCAGGAGCAAUCUCUUCAAUCAGAACAACAAAUUCCAUCCCAAUCUAACCAACCAAAAGUUCAGUCGGAUCAAGUAGGGCCUGAACAAAUGCAGUCAGUAGAGCAAAUGCAGUCAUCACAUGAAAAUCAGUCGGAACAGCAAUUAGAACAGCCUAUAAAACAGGAGGCACACGAUCCUGUUCAAAGUGAAGCUGUAACAGAAGAUGUUCCAGCGCCUGUCAGCUCAAGUGCUCCUACAGCACCUCAAGAAAUUCAACAUGUAUCGAUGGAUAUUGACAGGAGUGCUCCUGUUGAGCCUAUUCAAGAAGAAACCAAGACGUUUUCGGUAGAAGAAGCAUCAACGCAACAGGAGCAGCCACAAACAUUCACAAUCAGCCAAGGACCUGUCUAUGAACCAGUCGAACCAGUUGCUCUAUCAGAACCAUCGGCAGCUCAACCAGAGUCUGAUGUCUCGGAAAUAAAGUUUGUGAAUCACGACACAGUUGAAGCACCAAAUCAAGAAGUUAGUGCUUCACAGACAGCCCCUCAGGGGGACGCUUUGACGAUGCAGAUAGCUCAAGCUAAGCAAGCAUUAGAAGCAAAUGAAAGUAGCGCGUCUAGAACAGACAAUACAUUAGAUCCUGGACGGACAGAGACUAACUAUGAAGCAAGUAACCAGCAACCAGUCGCAAAUGAACAAAAUUACUUUAAUGUUGCAACAUCUCAAGUUCCACAAUCAUCAAAUAGCCAAUCACAAGUUCAGCUAAAUGAAGAUACCACAUCUAUAAAUGCGCCUCCAACAACAAACGUGAAAGAAACGGAAAUGAACCCACCAUCAAAUUGAAGAUCAAAGUUUUGAACCUAAUAAAUUAUAACGUCUUUUAUUAGCAUAUAAGUGUACAUUAAAUUCCUAAAAACAUUAGAUAGUAUUUCAUUAAAUUCAAG